CUCUCUCUCUCUCUCUGGGAGUCUCAGUCUGGCUGGGUCUCUCUCUGCCUGCUCCCUCUUUGGGCUGCCAUCGCCCUCCGGAGGAAGAGGAGGAGGAGGAGAAGGAGGAAGGCCAGGUGGGGCACUGGCCCCCGAGAGACUGCCAUCCAAGCAGCCGGAGCCGGGUUCCAGUCCUGCGGGGGGAUCCGCCGAGAUGGCGGAGUACAGCAGCCUCUUGGAGGACCUUGCGGAGAACAUCACCAACGAGGACCUGGACCAGCUGAAGUCGGCCUGCAAGGAGGACAUCCCCAGCGAGAAGCACGACCAGAUCGCCACCAGCAAGGACUGGUUCGGCUUCCUGGAGAAGCACAAGAAACUGGACAAAGACAACCUCUCCUACAUCGAGCACAUCUUUGAGAUCUCCCGCCGCCCCGACUUGCUCACGAUGGUGGUGGAGUACCGGACCCAAGUGCUGAAGAUCUCCGAAGAGGACGAAGUGGACACCAAGCUCACCAGGAUCCCCAGCGCCAAGAAAUACAAAGACAUCAUCCGGCAGCCAUCCGAAGAAGAGAUCAUCAAACUGGCUCCCCCCCCAAAGAAGGCUUAAAGUAGGCCGGGUGGGGGGGCCAGGAGGAGGAGGAGGAGGGGGAAGAAGGACCCUCGCCACCUCUUCCGCUCCCCCCGGGUUUGGGCAGUCGGCCAGCCCUUCUCCUCUCCUCCUCUGACUGCCCCCUCCGUCGCCUGGGGCGGGGGUCCAUGGGGCUGGCAGCAGCUGUGGCCACUAACCAAGUCUUUAAUCCCACCCAAAGCCCACCCCUCCCUCCUUCCCCCUCAGGUUCCCAUUUCUGUCACUGACCAGAAUGAAUUCAGAAAAACCCCUUCCCCUGACCCCCUCCCCAUAAAAGGACUUGCUUGGAGGCUGGUGGUGCUUUGCAAGUGUAGAUCCCCCCCUUGGCUGCCUCUGCCACCCACUUUGCCCCCAAAGGGAAGGGGCAGACCCCCAAACUGAGUCUAGAGAGUGUGACUUGUGUGAGGACAAGAUAGCAGUGGAUGUAGGGAGAGAGGCGAUGAGAGCAGGGCAUGGGGCACCGGGAGGCAUCCAGACCCACCUCACUUCACAGGGGCAGAUGUGGGGCAAGUGAAGGGAAUGGACCUCCAAGUGCUAGCCCACCCCAAGUGCUGCAGAGAGAGUGGGGCAUGAGAGGGGACCCCAGUAUCUUCAGCAUAUCCAGCAAGGAUAGGACGGGGAAGGGGAUGUCUGAGAAUGCUGCAGCCUGCCACUUCGGGGGGCAGAGAGGGGAGCCCCAUUUCUGUUACCCUUUGGACCCCACUGCCCCUUUGGCUGGAAUCCCAUCAGGGUCUUGUGGUCUCUCCUGGAGUGGCCUUGCCCACCAUCUCAAGCCACCUGGGCAGUGUCAUGGCUGUUUACCAGACCCCUCAGGUGGCACAGAGCAUUUGGGGACGGGCGCAUUGGCACAACGACUGGCUCUCUUCAGGACUAUUUGGCCCCUACCUGCAAACCUCCAGUCCCUCUUCCCUUCGGAGGAGAGCCAGUUUCCAGCUGGUUGGAGUGGAGAAGGGUCAUUUCCAAGGGCAGCAGCGGGUGACAGGUGGCAAGGGAGCCAUGUUGCACUAGAGAAUGGAGGACAAAGCAGAAUGAGGAAAAGAGAAAGCAUUGGGCAAAGAAAGGUCAGAGAAGUGGACUACAGAGAGGAAAAAUGGCCAGAGCAGACAUUGGAUUUGGGGGUCUCCUCCUUCCCUUUUGAGGUGUCAGGGAAAGGGGUCAGCAGGGGCUCUGGGGUGGCUCUUGAUUCCCAUUUGCCCACUAGCCAGCCUCCCGGCCUGUCCACCCACGGCCCACUUUGUGCCUUUCCUUGGUUUUGGUUGUUGUGCUGUCACCUCUCCGUUAGUGCCUCCUUCACCCCCCAGCCCUCCUUCGCCUCUAAGCACCCCCUUCCUGACCUUUGGGCAGAGGGGCUUUGGAGGGGCUGCCUGCCUUGGCACUGCUCUUGACCCAUCCUGGUUUUGCUGGGAAAAGGAGAGGCUCAGCUCAGACGGCAGCUGGGGAUAUUGGCCAGCAUCAGAGAAGCCCUUGGGCCUUGGAGCCAUGAGUGCGGAAGAGGCUGCUGGCCCCAUCCCCCAGACCCUGGCAGCGGUGGGUUUACUGGUGGCGCCCCUCAAAGAGGUUGCAGGAGGACCCCCUCCCCAAUAUUCCAUUUCCAGGCAGAAAGACUCAUUUCCCCCAUUGCUGCUGCAAGCCCCUCACCCCACCCCAAAGUGGGUCUCCAAAAUCCACACAAGGGGCUCCGGAGGGAGGCGGGUGGCAGGGUAUCCUUCCCCCUUCCUCCUGCCCAGCCAUCAGCAUGAGGUGCCAUGGGGGGCCCAGGCCUAUAGCCCCCAUGGCUGGAUUGGGGGACUGACAUGUGACUGUUUUUUUGGGGGUGGGGUCUCCUGUGAGUCUGGCUGCUUCGUCGGUCUCUGACCCCUUUCCUCCCCACUCCUGAUGCUCUUUGACAGACCCACCGGUUUUGGGGGGAGGGAAGGGGGGAGGGUUUUAUGGGGGGAGAGGAAGCUUCUAGUUCUAACACACCAAGCGGUGGAACUCAUGCCUCUUGCGUUGGACUGCAAUAGGGGUUUCUGUUUUAAUAGGUUUUGAUUAUUUAAUUAACGCUGAAAUCUGUGCUGUGAAUCUCGGUUUGUUAGCCAGGUAGCCCCUCCCGACCCCCGGCAAGCGCCACCUGCGCCAGGCCUUCCCUUUGCGGCUGUGUCGUCCUGUCCUCUGUGUGGCAAGUGGUCAGCAAGGCACCCAGCCCACCCUCCCUGGUCGCCCCAGAUGCCUUCCUCCUCCCUGCAUCCACCCUAAAAACCCUCAAAGACACACCCGGCUCUCUUCACAUCUGACUGUGCUCUGCACCUGGGGGGCAAAGGGGUUGCCUCCCCAAGGGAUCUGGCUGUGCGGCUGCCUUGGUUGCCUGGGCGAGGAACAGCCUUACCCACCCACUCAGUGCCAGCCCCUCGGUGCCUCUUCAGUGCCCUUCCAACAUCCCCAGAGCUGACAAAAAGGGCUGGGGGGGAACUGGGCAGGGACAGAGAUGGAUGGAUGGAUGAACGGAUGGAUGGGGAGACCACAGUUGGGCACUCCCUUCCCGGGGAGGAGGCCCAUGGUCAAUGUGUCCAAACCCUCUGCCCCUCUGCCAGGCACAGAGGCAAUCCACUUUGAGUGGAAAGCCCAUAAGCUCCUGGGACACAGAGCAGGCAUGAAGCCCACCGAACAUCCGGCUGGGUUGCAUGUCUGCCAUUUGUGGGGCUUACCAGGAUUGUGCCAGGCCUGCCCAAAUGUAAAAGGUUGAUACCAUACACGCACAUGCACCAGCGUCUGUGCCCUUGCAGCACCCCAGCUGUUUCCUAGGAUGGUUCCAGGCAAAGUGGGGCAAGGACUCAGAUCCCCAAAUGCACAGUCUGUGAUUUGCCCAGGAUUCCUCGUUCAGGAUCAAAGGCCACGAGGGGAGGCUGAGGCUCCUUUUCCUGCCAGCUUUGUGCCCUGUCUGAAGGCAGGCCUGUGAGGGUCCCAGAGCAGGGGCCAAAAGCCCACCAGAAGGGACCACCUUUGGGCUGAUCUCUGUUUCAAGCAGCCUUAAAUCAGUAUUUUUUCCCCACUCUUGUCUGAUGUUUACAGCCGAACAGUUGGCGCUGAUGUCACUGCAAAUUAGCUAAUUGGCACCGGGUAAAAAUAGUGCCAGAGAAAAAGGCAGGCUAAGGGGAGGAAGGCUAAGAUUCAGAGCAAACAAAGAGCUCAAAAGCAGAAGAGGAAGGAAGCAGAAGAGGCACCGACGGGCAGCUGGGAAGGUGUUUUUGUACCCGCAAUGCCCCCCAUGCCCCAAAAAGCAGCUCUAGGGUGGCCCCCAGAGGAAAGCAAGGGGUCUCUUUUCUCAUAUACACACACAGAAUGUACCAUGCCCAGGGAGAACCAUUCCCUGCCAACUCAAUGCGCCUCCUCUGGCACACUUUGCAGAGGAUGCCCCUUCAAAUAAACAUAUCCACAUGCAACACAAUGCUCUGCGCUGCUGCCUCUGUGGCCCUUUUGCACUGCUCAGUUGUAGUGCUACAAUUCCGCUUUAACUGCCAGAGCUGCAUCUGAUCUAUGUGGGAUUUGUAGCUUGGGGAGGCACGAGAGGGCUGAGAAUUGCAAGUCCCCGAUUUGCCAGUCCCAGGUUUUGAUAGGAUGGGCAGUAGAAUUGUAAUGCCAUAAUUGUGCAGUAUGGAAGGGCUCAGGUGUGCAAUGGUUGCUGAAGAAUGCAAAUGGGCUCCUACCUCCUCUUGUCCUGGAGGUGGGCUUCUUCUCCCUGGCAGUCUUUGCUAGAGUCCAGCUGUGAUCUAGGAGACCUGCCUUUGCUGGGUGCCAGCCAGGCUGGGCACCAGGCCUCUGACCUAUUCCACGAUGCCCGGCAUGUUCUGGUGGCUCUUGGUACUCCUUUGCAGGAGCUCAUCCCCACUUUUCACACCCAUGGAAAGGCACACCCUGCAGGUUGCCACAUGGGCUCCAUGAACGUCUAAAGGGAGCAUUGCCUCUCGUUAAGCGUGGAGCACAUUUAACAGGAUCCAGCUCAGGAGAGCCAGAGCCAUGACCAAGAGGUGCCCACAGAUCAAUACAGACCAUGUCCUCUGCGCCACCUUUAGAAAAACCACCCCUUCCAGGAAAGAGACCCCAGAGCUUAGCUAAGGGUUGAGAGGCCGAGAGCGGGGACCACAACCCUCUCCUUUGCAAACAUCCAGAUGCCACCUAAAAGCCCCCAGAGAUGCCCAUCUGCUGGGAGCAAAGGCUGGGCACCAUCAGAGGAGCCGACAAGAGCAAAGGAAGGCACCCCCAUUCUGCCACAUUUCCAGCCCGCUCUCCACCUUCGUCCCCUCUUUCCCUUCCGGCUUCCACCCCCCAAAAAAACCCAACGCUCAGACCGUGCUAACUGUGUGUACAUAUAUAUUAUAAAUAUAUGUAUAUUAAAUAUAAUAUUGAAUGUUUAGUGUUAACUUAUUGUUUGUUUUUGUUGUCAAAUGGACCAAAAAAAAAAGAGGCAAACAGGAACUAUACCAAGAGUAUUUCUACCGAAACACAAUUUUUGAUUAAAGACGUAUUUAAGAAACAAAGCCAGGAGAUCCUUAAGCCGGUUCCUUUGGCCAAGCCAAGAGGGACACCCCUCCUGAACCCCCAAACAGCUCAGCAAAAGGACUAGGACCGCCUCGCAUGGUUGUUGUGAGGAUGUGUGCGGCAAUGGCAAUGGUUUCGAUGUGAAGUCUAAAGAGGAAAGUGACUCUAGGCCUGUGGAAAACCAGUUCCCCCACCAUCAUCAUUUUGUUCAAGACACUGGAGAGUUACCUUCACUCAUCCCAUGCAGUUCUUGGGGAGCGUUUCGCUUCCAGAUGGGUCUCCUCAGGUCCAGAUCUGGCGGCCAAAGGGACCGGAGAUGAACAGGAGACCUCUGCCUCCACGCAGCCCUGCCAGGCGGGCUCAGCAUCUCCGCUGGCCUUGUGGCCCACAACUGCCACACAUUUAGCUUAGACCCCCAUGAAUUGAUGGGGAGACCCACACAGCCCCCUCAAAGAGCGGCAAACAACUGACCUCACUGGAGCAUGGCCUAGACAGUGGCUCCUGUGCAGAGCGAAGCAGAGUCUCAAGGAACCAUUUUGUAAAACUGCCACAGCCCUUUUGCUCAUCUGUCUGGUUGAAGCAACUGCCCCACCGAGUAGCUCUCAAAAACAGAAAACAUCAGGAGCGGGAGUCGGGCGUCCUUUGGUCAGAACCCCUUCCACAUCUGCAGACCCCAAAGUGGGCAUAUGUUAGCAAUCCCGACCCCCGGAUCUGUUCCUCCCACCGCCUUAAAGUCCCGAGUUUGCCAUGUUUCUAUAGGGUUUUUUUUUCCAAAUGUUUCUUUAAUCAAAACUUGUCCUAGCUGAGAAAUAUUUUGUGUUCGGCCGGGGUUUUAUUUUUGAGAGUAAGCAAUGGACCUUGGCUCCUGCUUUGCUUCCUUUCCUCCCCAGACACUACUCCCCCCCCUUAUUUUUAUUCCAGAAUAUGAAGUCAUUGUUCUAAUACUGGAAAUAAAAGUUGAAGGUAUUGUGUA